AUGGUCGCUGCGGGCCGCGGUGGAGCGCACCGGCGCAUGGCUCGCCCGAAGCGUCGCGGCGGCGGCCGCGGUCCUGGUGGCGGGGAGGGGGCCCUGAAGCGGCUGCGGCUGGCCGUGGAGGACUUCGUGCGGGCUACCUCCGAGAGCGAGGGCGGCGAGGGCCGCGGCGCUGCGGCCCGUUCCCGGCCCGGCGGGCGAAAGAGCCGCAAGGAGCUCCGUAAGGAGAAGCGACACCUGAGGAAAGCGCGGCGCCUGCAGAGGACGGUGGGCUCCGGGACCGGGGACCGGGAGGGUAGUGGCGCCCUUACUGGCGUCGGGAAAGCUCCAGCGCCCUCGGAGGCGCGACCGACCCCCGCCACAGCGAACCCCGCCAAGGCCAAGGCGCCCUCCGCUAGCGUGAAGGCCACGGCGACCCAGGCUGAGGCCAAGGCGUCCUCUUCCCCGGCCACGGCGACCCAGGCUAAGGCCAAGGCUAAAGGUACUCCCGGGAAACCCGUCCCCGCCGCCGCCGCCGCCGCCCGGAAGCGGGCACUUCUAGCGGCCAACGAGGAGGAGGACCGAGAGAUCCGGAAGCUGGAGCGGUGCCUCGGCCUGAACAAGCGCAAGAAGAAGGGCGACGGCAGCUCGGUGCCGCUCAGCUUCGCGCGCGACGGCCUGGAUUACAUUCUAGGAGCCCUGGAAUGUGGGCGAGGCGGCGGCCUGUACGAAAGCAGCGAGGGGGAGGAGGAGGGGGAGGAAAAGGGGGAGCCUGCACAGACGCUCUUGGAGAGUGACCUAGAGAACAGUUCCGAGGAAAGUGAGGAGGACUCAGACUCGACGGCGCAGCAGGGGGAUCAGGAGGACGUGAGCCUGCAGACCGAGAAAGAAGCAGGACGUGUGAACACACUAGGAAGUAAAGGGAAUAAGAGAGUCCGUUUUGCAGAGGCCGUAGAAAAGAGCGAAAGUUCUUCGGAAGAUGACACAGGGCAUCAGGAGCAUGACUGUGCUGAAAGUGGUGAGAAGUACAUCCCACCUCGGUCGAGGGGCGAGGAGACAAUGGAUGCCCACAAGAAAGAAGAACUGGAAAGGCUCAAGAAACACGUCAAAGGCCUGAUUAACAGGUUGAGCGAGCCAAACAUGGCGUCUAUAAGUGGGCAGCUGGAGGAGCUGUACAUGGCCCACAGCAGGAAGCACAUGAACGACACCCUGACCGCCGCCCUCAUGGAUGCCUGUGUCACCACCUCAGCCAUGCCCAGCAGACUGAUGAUGGAGCAUGUCCUCUUAGUCAGCAUCCUUCACCACACAGUUGGAAUAGAGGUUGGUGCUUGCUUCCUUGAGGCCGUGGUGAAGAAGUUUGACGAUGUCUAUAAGGAUGGAGGUGAGGGGAAAGAGCUGGACAACCUGUUUACCAUGAUUGCCCAUUUGUACAACUUCCACGUGGUACAGUCUCUCCUCGUCUUUGACAUUCUGAAGAAGCUUGUUGGAACUUUUACGGAAAAAGACAUUGAGCUGAUCCUGCUGAUGCUGAAAAAUGUGGGCUUUGCAUUGAGAAAAGAUGACGCCCUGUCACUUAAGCAGCUGAUCACAGAUGCCCAGGCCAAGGCCAAUGGGGCAGGCAGCAAGUUUCAGGACCAGAACAGGGUACGGUUCAUGUUGGAGACGAUGUUGGCUCUGAAGAACAAUGACAUGCGUAAAAUCCCUGGCUAUGACCCUGAGCCUGUGGAGAAACUAAGGAAGUUACAGAGAGCACUGGUACGCAAUGCUGGCUCUGGUUCUGAGACUCAGCUCCGAAUCUCCUGGGAUGGCAUCUUAAAUGCAGAGCAGACUGGACGCUGGUGGAUUGUGGGGUCUGCAUGGAGUGGGACCCCAAUGAUCGACAACAGUCAUCAAACACAACUACAGAAGCCACUUGCAGGAACGGUUAGCUCCAAGAUGCUGGAACUUGCAAGGAAGCAGAGAAUGAACACUGAUGUCAGAAGGAACAUAUUCUGCACUAUAAUGACAAGUGAGGACUUCUUGGAUGCUUUUGAAAAGCUGCUGAAGCUUGGGCUAAAGGACCAGCAGGAGAGAGAGAUUGUUCACAUCCUCAUGGAUUGCUGCCUGCAGGAAAAAACCUAUAACCCUUUCUAUGCUUUCCUGGCUAGCAAGUUCUGCAGCUAUGAAAGGAGAUUCCAGAUGACUUUCCAGUUCAGCAUAUGGGACAAAUUUCGGGACUUAGAAAAUUUGACAGCCACUAAGUUCUCAAAUCUGGUUCAUCUGGUGGCACACUUGUUGAAGACAAAGUCACUUCCACUUUCUAUCCUGAAGGUGAUUGAAUUCAGUGAAUUGGAUAAACCUAGAGUCCACUUCCUACGGAGAGUGUUGACUGAGCUGUUGAUAGAAACAGAGGAAGAAGACCUAGGUUUAAUUUUCUCAAGAGUGUCUGAAAACCCAAAGCUGGGAAUGUUGCAAGAAGGCCUGAAGCUCUUCAUUAGCCACUUCUUACUGAAGCACACACAGACUCUGCAAAGUGCUGAGGAAGCCAGUCUGCUGAGAGAGAGGGCAGGCCUUGCAUCCAAGUCUUUACAGGGCAAAGCCAUCCUGAGAAUGUAGCCAAAGGAUAGGGAACAUUUGACCAAGAGAUGUCAUUUGUGAAUUCAAAGGUCUGUCCUGCCUCUGUAAGAGCAGGAGGAAUUAUGCCAUGAUCUGUCAUGGUUUAAAUAUUAUAUUUUCAGAUUUCUUUUUUAACCUAGGGUUAUACUGUGUAUUUCAAAUAUAUAUGUAUGUAUAUAGCAGAUCAAAAGGAAAGGGGCGAAAAGAUGGGGCGUUAAGCCAUGGGAACUGGGGCGAGAUCAUAAAUUGGUGACUUUUUUAAUCUUCUAAAAUAUUGGUUAAAAGUUCAGAGGCUAGGGCUGGAGAAACAGCUCAGAGGUUAAGAGCACUGGCUGGUCUUCUUGAGGUUCCAAGUUCAAUUCCCAGCAGCCACAUGGUGGCUCCCAACCAUCUAUGGCAGGCAGAUCUGUGAGUUCAAAGCCAGCCUGGCCUAUAUAGCAAGUUCCAGGAAAGCUAGAACAAAUUGUGAGGCCCUGUCCCAAAAAAAAAAAUGUUCAAAAGCUAAAUUAUUAACUGUGGUGAUUAACUGUGGUGCUUAGGAUCUGAUAUCUCCCAUUCAUCAAUCCCACCUUGGGGACUAUUUGGGAGAACAACUUCAGAUAGAUAUUGGGUAUUUGGUGAGAACAGAGAGAUGAACAUAUGUGACUAUAAAUGAUUGUGGUGGGUAAGGAAUUAGCAUGGGGCUCACUGGGGUACAACAGUCUGAGAAAGAAGGAAUGACCUUGGAUGUAUGAAUACUCUUUAUUUUACAGCCUUACAGUUUGCUUCUCUUUCAAGUGCUGUAGACUUGACUAACCACAAACUUCAGUUGUUGAAAAACAACUGAAUACAAGUAGAAAUCGGAGCGUAAGUCAUAGCCCUUCUGCUCAGCAGAGUCCUGUGUAGAAUGCACAUUCCAGGAAGGUAGGCACAGACCAGGGAUGCUGCUCCUAUGUGAGUCACCUCUUCUGUUUGAAUUUUAAAACAGUGUGUCUGUCCCUGUAACAGUGUGCUUGAGGUGACCAUGUGUAAUCUGGAGGUCUCCAUGCAGGUCCCUGAGGAUUGACCCUGAGGUGAACUAGCAGUGUCUGCUGCUGUCCUUGUUGCUAUGACAAGCACCUGGCAAGAGCAGUAGUAGGAAGGAAGGGUUUCCUGGGGCUCACACUGUGUAGGCACAGUCUGUCAUGGUGGAGUGUCAUGCAGUAAGAACUCAAGGCGGCUAGUCACUUUGUGUCUUUAGUCAGGAAGCAGAGAUAGACACAGGUACUUAGCUCACCUCCUUUUUAUUAAGUCCAAGACCCCAGCCCAUGGGGAGGUGACACUCAUGUUCAAGACAGGUCUCCAUCUAAACUAGCCCAGUCAAGGAACUCCCUUACAGCUACUCCCAGAGGUUUGCCCCAGGUGACUCUGGACCCUGUCAAGUCGAUAGUGCAUAUAGAUUUGGGGGCUGAGAGUAAAGCUCCAUGGCAAAACACUUGCUUGAAACCUGGGCUGGCUCUUCAACUUCACACGGGAAAGAAAAGUGUAUUUUCUUACUUUUUCUAAAUUUUAUUUAUGUGAAUGUGUGGACACGUCUGUGUCUUUGGAGGCCAAAAAAGGGAUCCCUAGCACUGGAGUCCCAGGUAGUUGUAAGCUGCCAGUGUGGGUGCUGGGAACCAACCUUAGGUCCUCUUAGAAUAGCAAACUAACCACUAAGCCACAUCUCCAGCCCCCAAAUGUGUCUGUGUUAUCGUUGUCUGUCUUUUUGAGACACAGUGUCUUAUGAAACCUUAACUGUCCUGGGACUCAAAAGGCUAGCCUCUAACUCACAGAGGUCCACCCGUCAUCCCUUUCCCUGCCCUAAAUGAUGGGAUUAAAGGUAUAUACCACCAUGUCAUGCCCUAAAUAUGUACUUUAAAAAAUGUGUUAUGUCUACAUUUGAAAAGUACUGCAAGGUGCUGAGAUACCAGUUCUCUCUGUCUCUGUCUCUCUAUCUCUGUCUCUCUAUGUCUCUGUUUCUGUCUCUCUCUCUCUGUGUGUGUGUGUGUUUCUUACAAUAAAGGUUAAGAAAUAAUGUAUAAACUAGGUGUGGUAGCACACACCUUUAAUCCCAGCACUUGGGAUGCAGAGGCAGGUGGAUCUAUGAGUUCAAAGCAAACGUGGUCCACAUAGCAAGUUCCAGGACAGCUGGGACUAGAUAAAGAAACCCUGUCUCAAACAUAUGUAUAGAUCACUUUUUUAAAAUGGAGGGUUUCAUCUAUAAAAUAAAGAUGUAAACUUUAUUUAAAAAUAAAUCUCUUUUAAGCUAUUUUCCGUAGUGCGGCACCACCACUGAGUUGUGAGACUAUCUUAAGUUCCAUCAGGAGAGACUGGCUUCCACCAUCCCAGAAACUGCUGACACAAGGCUGUGUAAGAUUGUUUAUACUGGGUUUGUCACCAGACUCUUCCCUUUAUCGUGUGACUUUUCCUGGGGGGGAAACAAAAAGCAUGUUGGAUACAAGAUGGCCAUAGUCAUAUCCAAGUGGAGAAAACAACUGCACCUCACAGGUUAGCCUUCUAAUGAUAACUCUUGAUUGGACAGUGAGUGUCUAAGGUGAUUUUUCUAUUUCUUCUGUGUUUAUUAUUUUUUGAGGAGAGGGUUAGUGUUUGUUUUGUUUUCUAGAGAGAGUUUCUCUGUGUAGCAGUGGCUGUCCUGGAACUCACUUUGUAGACCAGGAUAGCCUCAAAUUCAGAUCCACCUGCCUCUGCCUCCCAAGUGCUGGAAUUAAUAGCAUGCACAGACUCUGCCCAGCCUGUGUUUAUUCUUAUUCUAUGAUAAGAAGCAGCACCCUUUCCUCCGCUAUUGACUCCUAGAUCCCCAUAUUACCUAGUGUAAGGCAAGGAACUAUGGCCUGUUUUAUUUAUUUAUUUAUUUAUUUAUUUAUUUAUUUAUUUAUUUAUGUAUGUAUGUAUGUGUAUAGUGUUUUGCUUGCAUGUAUGUUGUGAGCUGCCAUGUGAGGUGCUGUGAACCUAAGUCCUCUAGGAGUGCUCCUCCCUGCUUAGCUAUCUCUCCAUCUUACUCUAAAUUAUGUGGUUGACACAUAAACUGUUUCAGUGUGUACAAUUUGAUGAGUUUUGGGAUACGUAUGCCCACAUGAAACUGUCACCUUUUCAGAGUGUGCUCCCACCCCUUCAUUAUUGCUGUGGCUUGGGUAUGGCUGAUGAAGUCAUUUAGCGUCAGGUGCGUUUAAGUGCGUGACACAGCUGUUAGCCAUGCUUUAAAGUCAAUGCCAGAACUCCUUCCUCUACAUUGUUGAGUGAUGGUGCCCUUGGACAUAACUGCCCUUGACAGACAGACACUUCCUACUCUGCUUUCGUGUGUGUUUCAGAGGCCGUGGGAAGGUGAAGUCAUGUAGUGUCUGUGGCUUAUUUCUGCAUGGUGUCGUCCAUGUGGUCACAAAAGACAGGACUGUUCCCUCUGAGAAGGAUAAGUGUGCAUGCAGACCAUGUUCUCUGUGCAUUCACCCAUCUAUGGACACUUUGCUCUUGUGGGUGCUCUGCAAUGGACAUGGUGGUGCUGUCUCUGGCACUGCAUCCUCAGUUCCAGCAGUGGGCUUACUGCACCCUGUGGCAUUUCUGUUGUUAGCUUGUUGAGGAACUUCCCCGCUGUUUUGCAUAAUGGCUGUACCAAUUUUCAUCCCACCCACACAGUACAAGGACUCCCUUUUGUUCACACCCUUGUCACUUGUGUUUGGUGUUAGCAGGAGCGUGCAGACAGGCAUGAGGCAAUGCCUCAGUGUGGUUUUCAUUUGCAUUCCCCUCAUGAUUAGUGAUGUGCAGCCUUUCCUCGCUCCUGUUGGCCAUUUUAUGUCUACUUUGGGGAAAAACUUACUCAAUUCCUUUGCCCCAUUUUGUUUUUUUAUCAAGUUUUGGGGUUUGUUGUUUGUUUUUCUGCUUAGUUGCAUGAGUUCCUUGUGUAUUUUCGUAUUAACCCCAUGUAAGAUCCAGGAUUCAAAUGUCUUCACCCAUCCUGAAAGCUGCCUUGUUACAUUUUAUUUUUUGCUGUGCAUGUGCCUUGGUGUACAUAUAGCCGUCAGAGGACAACUGAAAGGUAGGCACCAACCUUUGCUCUUGUGGGUGCUCUGCAAUGGACAUGGUGGUGCUGUCUCUGGCACUGCAUCCUCAGUUCCAGCAGCAACUGAAAGGUGGGUCCUGGGUAUUGAACUCAGGUCACGCUGGAACAAGCAUCUCUUCCCACUAAGUUAUCUUGCCAGCCCCUGGAGGCUGCCUUUAUACUGUUGUUUCUUUGUGGAGUCUUCCUAGCUCCAUGCUGUCCCACUUGUUUACUUUUUCAUCUCUCUGCUUUGGGAUUCAUAUCCAAAGACAUUGCCAAAUCCAGUGUCAGACAGCCUUUGCCCUGGGAUUUCCUACAGACCCACAGUGUCAGGGUUACUUUUUAGUCUUUGAUCAAUUGGGAGUUGGUUUUUAUGUGUCACUUAGGUGUCUAAUAUUAGUCUUUUAGCAUGUGGAUAUCUGGUUUUCCCAGCACUGCAUACUGAAGACAUGGUGAUUUCCCUAUUGUCUGCUCUUUGCACCCUGUGUAAGUAUUAACUGAUCGUGUCUCGAUCCUCUUAUCUGUUUGUUGUUCAUUCUGCUCUAAUGACUGCCACUGUAGUGUAGUCUGAAAUCAGGAGGAUGAAACCCUGGCUUUGUUUUUCUCAAGAUCACUUAGUUAUGGUCUUUUGUGAUAUAAAUGAAUUUGGGGUUUUUGUUUGUUUGUUUUAUUUUGUGUUUCCCCAUUUCUGUGGGAGGAAAUGCCAUUAGAUUGUGGUAGAGUGGUAGAGACUGCUUUGAGGGAUUGUGGGAAUAUGACACUUAAGACAGUGUAGAACAUAGUCUUUUUUUUUAAGAUUUAUUUAUUAUGUAUAUAGUGUUCUUCCUGCAUAUCAGAAGAGGACACCAGAUCUCAUUACAGGUGACUGUGAGCCAACAUUUGGUUGCUGGGAAUUGAACUCAGGACCCUUGGAAGAGCAGUCAGUGCUCUUCACCUCUGAGCCAUCUCCCCAGCCCAGGACAUAGACUUUUUGUCUGAUGUACAUGUGUCCACCCCAUUCUCUUUCCAUUACCACUUAUGUGGAUUGACUUUCCCAUUCUGUCUAUGUGUCCUUAACGGUACAGUGAGUCCCUGGUGUGCAGUGAUAGUUGGAUCUUGGGAAGGUGGGAAGGAGGCUUGUUCCCAUCUACCCACCUAUGUCUUGUGGUGGAGAGGUUAAGUUUUUUAUGUUAUCAGGGCUAGGAAUAUAGCAUCUUCGGGGGUUUUCUAGAUAACAACAGCAUGCAGCUUAGAUUUCAGUUCCUAGAACCGUGAAAAUGAGAAGUAAAGUUGCUUUUGCCAAGUAAGGCUAUUGCUGUUUUGUGAAUUGUCUUCUGCUGUAGGGGCCCUGACCCUUUGUUCCUCGCUGCUGUUUUUAUUUCAUUUUGUUUUUAUGAGUCUUUUGUACUGGUGUACUUUGUCUUAACUUGAAUCACAUGCAGAAACUACAUUACUGCUUCUCCACAGUAUACACACCCCCUUGCAUUUGGUUGUGUCACAAUUCACACCCCUUCCUUGAUGUAUCCACUAACAAUUUAAUGUAGCUGUUGUAUUUUGAAUACUUGUCGUUUAUGCUAGAGAUAAAAAUAAUUUUAAAACUC